CCUGUGUGCCCAGGGCUGUGGUAGCCAUUCGCCUGCUAUCGUGCCCAGUGGGCCAAGAGAAGGACGCAGACGGCAACUGCGUUGACUCAUGCACGGUGCGCAACUGCGGCACCAACGCGAGGUGCCUCAAGAACGAGGCGGGCUGGGCGGACUGCGUGUGCGACAGGGGCUUUAAGCUGCUGCCCGAUGCGUCCUGCGCCCGUGAGUUCAGCCUCACCCACCCUUGUUGCUUCCCAUAUCCGCUCCUGCACGGUGCAAUCCUUUUCUUUCUUCGCAGCGCUAACAUCCAUGCCAUUGCUGCCUCUCGCUUUAAACCCCUCCCAGAGCAUCUUACGGCCUCUGAGCAUCCUGUGACCGCUCCAACAUCCUCUGAUCUCCUCACCUGUCUCUUGUGCUUAUUGUGCUGUCCACCCUCUCGUGCUGUCCACCCUCUCGUGCUGUCCACCCUCUCGUGCUGUCCACCCUCUCGUGCUGAACUGCCGAGGACUGCGGGGAGAACGGCUACUGUGAGGAGGACCAGGGAGUCUCCUCCUGUCAUUGCAACCCUGGCUUUGCCAAGACCGCGGAUGGCUGUGUUGAUACAUGUGUGCUCCAGGCGUGUGGUGAAAAUGGGUGCACCAAAGACUCAGAGGGGGUGGCAUCCUGUUUCUGUGACCUUGGCUUCGAGCUGGAGAAGGAUGGCAGGACAUGCACAGACACAUGUGUUGCCCUGGCGUGUGAGAACGGUCAGUGCGAGAAGGACGGGGAUGGGGUGGCGUCCUGUAUUUGUGACCCUGGCUUCACGCUGCGGGAAGAUGGCAAGACUUGCACUGACCAUCCGACCGGGCCUCCUGCUGACGUUGAUCUGCCUCCUCCUGCUGACAACCGCCCCUGCCCAGCGGGCGAAGAGAGGGACGCAGACGGCAACUGCGUUGACGUGUGCGCGGUACGCAACUGCGGCCCCAACGCCAACUGCCUCAAGACCGAGGGAGGCUGGGCUAACUGUGUGUGCCAAGGGGCCAACAGCUGCUGCCCAAUGCGUCCUGCACGC